AUGGGUGAGAAGCUACUUGCCCUUCACACCAUUGGAAUUACUCCAUUCAUUGAACUUUCCCCUCAAGUUCAACAAGCAAAACAACCCACUCGAGGCGUAAAUCUGAAAGCCCCUCACAACCUCGAUACACCAGAGCCCAAGAGCGAGCUUCCACAGAAGAUGCCAAAGACCGAGACGAAUCCGCUUGGGAAGCAAGGAUGGGAUUUGGAGACGGACAAGGUACAACUUUUGGGUAUGAAGAUGGGCCGAAAGGAGUUUGAUGGUAUGUGAUGUGGGUAAGUAUCCGAUCGAGAUAGAUGCUGAAAGAUUCCAUCAGAUAUGCUCCAUGAGUUUGAUCUUACAGAGGAGGCAUGGAACCCUAUAGUGGAGGCUUUGGGAGAUCUUUGGCCGGAGAGGAACGAGAAGGGAGAGACUGUUACUAGACGGGGCUCUUCUUGUUCUUUGGACUAA